GUGGCAGGUUCCCCGUCUGUUCAGCAGAGAGCAUAGACCCCACCAAGUCUUCAUGUACAGCCGCGCGCAGGCCGACAUGGAGCAGGAGACUCGGGAGCUGAGCCGGUGGCAGGCGGCGCACGAGGCCGCCCCGGAUAACGAGAGCUCAGCGCCCACCUUGAACGUGGCUUCAUCUACUGGAAGCUCUGGAGUGCACCCCUCUUGGAAGCAUGGCCUACCAAGCGUUCAGCACUUUCCUCACAGCACAGGGAUGCUGGGGCCCCCCUUGGUGUCUGUGGAGGUGCCGGGGCACAAUGUGGAUGAAGAGGGGCCCCCGUUUAGCAUGGUACUGCCUGAGCAUGGUGUGAGCUACUGCCCCCAAGCGAGUCUCCCUCCUUCCCCGGUGAUUUACAGUCAAGGAGUGUCUCCCCCUCAGCAAGAGACAACGAUGUUCAAUGAGCCUCAGAUAAUGCCUACAGUUGAGCCCAAUAUUCCAGGAGUGGCUGGAGCCUUCAGUGGCAAUCUAAGCAUGCACCCCAGUGGGCUGCCAGUCUCGGCUUCCACUGGAAUCCCAAUGAUGUCCCAUGCUGGGGGCCCUACCAUGCCUUACCCUGGCCUCUUGACAGCACCUUCUGAUGAAACAGCAUUGGCCUCAACCAUGCCUCCCACGGAGGCCCAGGCGGUGCUCCUCUCUGUGGCUCAGAUGUUGCCCCGACAAGACACCCAUGACCUUGGGAUGCCCCCAGCUGAGUCCCAGUCACUCCUGGGUUUAGGAUCUCAGAACUCUCUUGUGAGUCAGCCAGACUCCCACGAAGGCCCAUUCCUACCGAAGCAGCCCACACCUGCUCCACAGGCAACAGAGCAGGACUCCAGGCCUCAGGAAAGGACUGGGAGAGGGGAAUCCUCAGAGGCCAGGCCUUACCGCUGCAACUACGAAAACUGUGGAAAAGCUUAUACCAAACGCUCCCACCUCGUGAGCCACCAGCGCAAGCACACAGGUGAGAGGCCCUAUUCGUGCCAAUGGGAAGGUUGUCAGUGGUCUUUCUUCCGUUCUGACGAGCUUAGACGACAUUUUCGGGUACACACCAGAUAUCGACCAUAUAAAUGUGAUCAGUGCAACAGAGAGUUCAUGCGAUCCGACCAUCUUAGGCAACACCAGAAGACUCAUCGGCUGGGACCCUCAGACCCACAAGCCAACAAUGGGGAGCAUGACGGUGCUCCUGCUCCUGGUCCUUAGGUGAAUGAAGAAGGAAGAGGAUUCCAGGCAGAGAACACUGGACCUCACAACUGCUCAGAGGAGAGGCAGUCUUGAACUUCUACAUUCAUUCAGCAAAUGUUUUUGGAGCCUUCAAUACUGAACGCACCAAGGCUGUGGAGACCCAUGGCGAGGAGUAAGGAGAUAACUAAACGAUGUGUCAGAGAAGAAAGACUUCCCUUGGAGGUGCCUCCAUCAGACCCGAAGGACUCAUGGGGGUUAGCUGUACCUCCCAUUUCUUGGACAUAGACCACUGGACAUGUCUCUAUCUUCUGGCAACUGGCAUAGACAGUAAGGAAUCAGAGGUGCAUGAAGGCAACCUGCCUCUGUAGAGCAGAAAGCUCAUAGAAAACAUUUAUGGAUGUGCCCAGUGCUGCCAAGGAGAGCAGCUGGACCUCUGCAGGCUCAAGCUUAUCUGGGCCUCUGGGGAAGCCACACAGCCUUGGCUGUGCCUGCCCCUGGCCUCCCACCCCUACCCUGACCCUGCACUACUUCACUACCUUGAUCUGUGUUACUAGUGACCUCAGUAUAACUGGGAUGGACAUCCAGGUGCCCCCACCCAAGCUCCCAAGUGAGGGGAGUGGACAUGAUUAAAACAACAGGGGCAGAAGGGGCUCAUUUAUGACCAUUCACGAGCCCCAGUUUGAGGUCUUGGGUACUCAGUCUCUUUCGUUUCUUCCAGGGUACCUGAUCACUUCCACGGAGCAGGCCAUCUUGGAUUCACUGGGCUGGAGGUGGUCUCUGUCCCCCAGCCCACCUGGCUCACACACAGCCUCGUGGGUAGGGUCAGCAGACCAAAUUGCUUCUUGCUGGAAUGUAAGAUGAGAGGUCUGUUUUUGAUCUAGCAUUUUCACCAGGAAGUGGAUGUGGAGAGCAUCAGAGUGAUGAAGGGUGUAUGAUGUGCACUGUAACCAUGGACAAACAGGCUCCUGCUCUUGUGGAGGUCACAGUCUAGUGGAGGAGGGAUGUUACCAGAAAUGCACAAAGUGGGCCGGGCGCCGUGGCUCACGCCUGUAAUCCCAGCACUUUGGGAGACCGAGGCAGGUGGAUCACUUGAGGUUAGAGGUUUGAGACCAGCCUGGCCAACAUGGUGAAGUCCCAUCUCUACAAAAAGUACAAAAAUUAGCCAGGCAUGAUGGUGGGUGCCUCUAAUCUCAGCUACUCGGGAGGCUGAGACGAAUAAUCGCUUGAACCUGGGAGGCGGAGGCUGCAGUGAGCUAAGAUUGCACCACUGCACUCCAGCCUGGGUGACUGAGUGAGACUCCGUCUCCAAACAAAAAAGACCCGUGAACUCUCUACUAGAUUCUGAAUCCUG